GUACACUUAACUGGCGCUGCGGACAGGAUACUGCGAGGCUGCUGAAUCGAGAUUCUCCUCCAAUACCGUGACGGAAAUCAUCACAAAGCCUCGAUUACGACCAACGUGAAGAAAAAUGAAAAUUUUCAAGGCGGAACGGCGGAACGGCAAACUCGAGCGUCCGUCUGGGCCGGAAUCCAUUUCUAAAAGGGAGCUUGGGAAUUUACCUCGUGACCGUUCUUCUAUACCAAGUCUAUAUUCGUUGGUGAGCACUGAGCAGUCUACACUCUACAGUCUAUACGCUGGAACGGCUGAAGUAUCUGGGGCUCGAGAGAAGAGUCGUUGAUGCAACGUAUAAAUCAAUUCUUUUUAUCGCGCUUUAUUAGUUUAAAACUAAGUACAUUACAUUUCCGAGCGCACAGAACUUGACGAAACCUUACAUUUUCCUUCCACCCUUUUCGUUCUAACGUUGCUUAUCUGGCAUGUCUAAUGAUCUGGUGAGUCUCGAUGAUAUAAUUAAGAAGUCUAAAACAUCAACGUCUACGAUGCGAGGCCGCGGUGUAGGACCUCGCAAACCAGUACUGAAAAAUGGCCCAAGAACAAAUGGUGCUGCUCCACUCCGGCCCAAUGCAAAACCCAUUGAAGAUGCUAGAUUCAAAAUAAUUCAGAAGAAAAGACGACACAUUGCUGAUGCUAGGGAUAAGCUUGCUCAAAUUGCAAAACAGAGCGAUGCUCGUUUGAAGUUGCAAAAGUUGCGAGCAACCAAUACCAAGAAAAUAGAUUCAACUAUUAUAUCUCGCAAAACUGGUCGCAAUGGUCGCAUGUCGCUAUCUACUAACAAACCACUGCCACCACAUGCUCCACGCUCAUUACCUCCGACAUUUAUUCCGCCACCAGCAAGAACAAUGGGCUAUAGGCCGCCACCCGGGCCAGAGUCGCACUAUGUCAAUGAAAUGAUAAUGACUUACAAUGACGUUAGAAUUCCAAAACCAAAGGAGUCUGAGUAUUUGCAAUAUCAUACAAAAGAUUACUUGAUGGAUUCGCAUCACCAUCAUCAAGCAGCAUUAAGACGCACUGUUAGCAAUGAUUAUGCUCCAGCAAUGCCGCCACCUCCGCCAUUGUUCAAUAUUAAACCAGUACCUUACGAUUGGGAUAAACCUGUGCGCAGCAGCACUUUAUCCAGAAGUCAAACAGUUCGAGCAUCUGAUCAUAGCAGUAGACCAAGGGAUUAUAAAGUUAUUCCACGUUCAGGAUUGAUUACUAAAGCUCAGUCACCACCACCGUACAGGAAUGAAUGGACUUUUGGUUCAAAGUCAAGAACGAUAAUACCAGAUAAUUCUAUCGAAGCCAAAUAUUAUACUAUGAGGAAUCACAGAGAAAUCGGAGUUAAAUCUCGAUUAGACUCACCUCCCCCAAAAGCAAGUCGCACUGCAUCAAAUUCGUCCAGACCCAAGUCCAGCUCCACUGCUGCUGGUUAUAGAAUUGUUGUAUCUAACUUGCAAGCAAACGUUACUCAAGAAGAUAUUAAGGAAUUGUUUGAAGACGUUGGAGAGUUGCUAGUGUCUAGGUUAGUUAGGCCAGGUAUCGCUGAAGUAAUAUAUAAAACUUUGAAAGAUGCAACCAAAGCUGUAGAGACAUACCACAACCGACAAUUAGAUGGUCACCCAAUGAAAUGCCUUCUUGUCAAUCCUCGGCCAAAAACUUCGUCAUCUACGUCAUCUUCAAGCAGAGUGCUUACUCACUCUAGAAGUUCAAGUAGCUAUUCACAGCCGAGUUUAGGAACGGUCCAUCGUGCUUUAUUCGAUGAUUAGUGACUUAUGAUAUUUUUUUGAAUCAGAGGACCUUCAAUAUUUUACACUAAAAGACUUUGAGAAAUGGUAAAACUGUAUAAUUCCAUUCGUAUUUAGAAAUUUAUUACAUAAUUUCUUAAACGUUUUUCAAGGUUGCAAGAACGUGCAUUCUCAUUUGUAUCAAAAGAUAAUAAAUAAAUAAUCUGUUUUUGUCGAUUUGUAA